AUGGUCUGGGCAGGCGAGGAAUUCGGACCAUUCUCUCUAUGGCCACACUUACCUGACUGUCCUCGUAUAGCGGUCAUCUUGCCUUUCGUAGGCCUCUUCGCGGCAGUCAUUGUUGCGGCGACCCCCAGCAGUCAGCUUUGUACUCGUGAACAGAGCUUCACAGACAGCACGCCAGGGUGCAAGAAUACUGCCACCCCGCAUGUCUUUCAACCGGCCUUCUUGAACGUCUCCAAGUGGAUCUGGACUGGCGAGAACCCAACCCCGGGUGGCAAUAACAUCAUCAGCACCCGUCCUUUGAGGAAGAAUAUCACGACUCCUUGCGACAAAUGCGCGAUCUGUGCUACCAUCGUCGUAGCUUCCGAUGACGCACAUACGUUCUAUGUCAACGGUGUCCGCAUCGGCGCUGGUGGAGAUUUCAAACAGGGCCAGGCCUUGUUCGUGGCAUUACAGCCUUCUUGGAACCUCUUCGCGGUCGCUGGUCAGAAUACCAUCGCCAAUAGUCCAGCAGGCGUUAUGGCAACAAUUCUAAUCCAUUACACGGAUGGCACAAGUGCAACCUUCAUUACCGACGAGUCGUGGAGAACUCUCGAAGCCGCGCCCCCUACGAAUUUCCAACUCGCCUCGACGGACGAUAGCAGCUGGGCCUUCGCUGCUAUACAAGGGACCUUUGAGAACUCAGUUUGGGGACAGCCCACCCUACCGCCUGUCCUUCCCCUCAGUGGCUCGAAGUGGAUAUGGACCUCCAACACUGCGAACACCGGCGCUGCCGUUGCAUCGUGUGCUUUCAGAAAGACUAUCAAUCAAUGCGCUAAAGUCGCGGUAUGCGCAACUGUACUGAUCUUUGCUGAUGAUCAUUAUACAUUAUACGUCAACGGAGCCUCGGUUGGAUCGGGUUCUUUCGCCGGUGGAGCCGCUAUUGCCUAUACCAUUCCCAAUCUUCUGCCCACCUUGAACACCUUUGCCAUCAACGCCACGAACGAUGUCGGCUCCGCGGGUCUCGUCGCCACUAUUCUGGUCACAUACCAGGAUGGCUCAAACGAAACGGUCGUCACGGAUGGCAGCUGGAAGGCCACUCUGACGGUUCCGCAAGGGUUUGAGUCCCCUACAUUCGACGACUCCGAUUGGCCGAAUGCUAAUGUUGUUGGUGCUUACGGAAUUGCGCCCUGGGGUACUGGGCUGGCUAUCCCCAGCGCGUAG